GAUUGCGGGCCUGUUGUGGUCCAAGCAGAGAUCCGUUAUCAUCGCAUCAUGUUUGAUGAUGGUCGUCGACUUCGCUCUGUACUACUGUCGUAGCUACGCCCCUCAUGGAUAGGUGUUUUCUUUUUAUUUCCCCUCUCCAGCCCCCGUCUCCCCCUGUUGCAACGAUGCAACUAGACCCGUCUGCUUACCUCGAUGGUGACAUUGGUCAGGAGCACACUCGUGUUGGGAUUUCAAGCCAACCGUGGCUCGCAAACCGGGAAAAAGAAAGAAAAAACAAAAGGAAAAGAAGAAAAGAAAAAAAAAAAGACCUCAAAAUCCACUCCCUUUCGUCCGUCCGUUCGUUUCGACCUUUCCAAUUCAGCCCCCACCCCCCCCCCUUCUUCUGUCCAAGCGAACCACACCCAAGUGCACAGCGGCAGAAGGAAACGCAGCCAUGCCGUAAUCUCUCUCCGGCACGUGGCAUCAAACAAGCAUGUCUCGACGUCCGAGCCCCCUCCUCUUCCAAAUUGUCAAUCUUAGGAAGAAGGCAGGGCAGCAACGCCUCGACAGCGAGCAGGAAGGAUCAAGAGAAUGAUAUUAAAUGAAUGAAAACUCGAAUUAAAAAAAAAAAAGCCCGGUCGUUACGUCGCUUGCUCGCACGCCCUGAGCACAUGUCGGAGGAGCUGCGGUUUGGUCGAGUCCGAGCCGUGAGCUCUUCCCGUCUCGUCUCCUCGGCAGAGACGAGAAGACAAAGGCAACAAUAUAUGC